UGCAGCGACAGCGCGUCCCGCCCGGAAUUUUGGUCUUCCGUUGUGUGACAGGCACACUCGUUCACGCGAACCAUCAUGGCACCAGCAUGGAAGCCGCAACACAAGUCCCAGUGGAACGACUGGUCCAAAUGGAAUGACGGGUCCAAGUGGAACGAAAGGUCCCAGUGGGACGAAAGGUCCCAGUGGAAUGAAAGGUCCCAGUGGAACGAAAGGUCUCACCGGAACGAAAAAUCCGAAUGGUAUGGCUACAGCAGUCGCAAUACUUGGAAGUCGGAGUCAGCCGAGGACUCGUCGAAGCUUGCAGCGAAGGACGAGGAUGCGACGCUUUGUCUGUCGGAAGAAGAGCUGCUGGUGGCUGUGCAGGCGUGCUACCAUCAGGAAGUCUAUCCACAAGAUGUGCUUCUUCUUUGGAUGCUGAAAGGUUACAAGAAGGUUGGCUUGGAGGAGAUCCAACGUGUGGCGGAGGCGAGCUGCGGACUACAGGUGGAGUAUUCGGCUACCUCCAAGAAAGGCUUCGCUGUCUUGAUGGAGAUGCCUCCUUUGGGCUUUUCGGGCUUCGCAGACGAUGCCGCAGAGCACGUACCUCUGUCAUUGGUGGAACAAGCUGCCAUGAUGGUGUUGCUUGGCGGAUGGCCCAUCCCAGAGCAAACGAAUCACGAUCGGAUCUCCAUUGCGGCCUGGCUCCACAGCAGCGAGGUGCUGCAGCAUUUGACGCUGGGCAAAUGCCUGGCCUUGGUGAAUCUGUUGCUGGCCAGCCACAGCGUCUUGGGGAAGAGAGCGGGGCGAUUGGUGCCGUAUUUCCAAUCUGAGGAGUAUGAGAAACAAGAAAAUGCCCGGCGAACGUGUCCCACAGGAUUGCGUGAAGAUGAAGUCUGGGUGUCUUGCUGGGAGGAUUUCAUUGGCUACCUCAAGGUGCUGCUGGAGGAGAAUGGUGGCAAGAUGAUGUCAGCCCGCGUGAAGAACGAGAUCCGAGCGCGAUUCAAUUUGGAGUUCAGCGAGACAGCCUUGGGACACGUCAGUCUGGGAAAUCUGUUGGACGACCCUCGGAUCUUGGAACACUUCCAUGUACGGAAAUCUCCGCCGGCCGCUGACUUGAUUCUCCUGAAAGAAUACAAGCCUUGGAAGGAGCCAACACCUGUACCAGAGUCACCAGAGGCUAAAGGUGCAUGGCGCUGGAAUCAGAUGAACGGAGAUGAGAAGAAGAAGCGAUGCUUCCAAGAGCUCAUAUCUACAGGUCCUUGGCGGCAGGAGGUGCUCCUGCCUCUACCUUGUGCGCCAUGGGAAAUCGUCAGUGAGAUUUGCCAGGUGCAGCCGGACCGGCAGUCCUUCGCUGUUGAGGAGGUGUAACAGGUGAGCUGCAUGAACAUUGAAGCUUUAUGCCCCAGCUGUUUGGAGCUGAGCUUCUGAGAACAGGGAGCAACUGGCAUUUGAUGUGAG